CAUGCGCAGUGGGCACUUGGCUGUUUUCCAGGUGCCUGUCCACAGUCUCUUGGUCAUCCCCUGUACUGUCUGCAGUCUCUUGGUCUUCUCCUGUACUGUCUGGAGUCUCUUGGUCAUCCCCUGUACUGUCUGGAGUCUCUUGGUCAUCCCCUGUACUGUCUGAAGUCUUUGGUCAUCCCCUGUACUAUGUCCGCAGUCUCUGGUCAUCCCCUGUACUGUGUCCGCAGUCUCUGGUCACCUCCUGUACUAUGUCCGCAGUCUCUGGUCAUCUCCUGUACUGUGUCCGCAGUCUCUGGUCGUGUCUGCAGUCUUUGGUCAUUUUCUGUACUAUGUCUGCAGUCCAUUGGUUCAAAAUAUUUUUUUUCUUGUUUUUCACCUCUA